UUUCAAUGUCUUUUUUUUGCUUCAGAAUGAUAGACACGGAGAUUAUGGGCGUAUACUGGGUGGUUCCCAAACGAUGAUAGAUGCAAGAAGAAGAGACCUGGACAGGAUACAAGAUCUGUUUCCUCAUGAUUACUUAGGCCUUCACUUACCAGAACCUACCUCUGCCUGUAAUGGGAAAUCGAAGUCAUUCCGGAAGAAGUCCAUGGGAGAUCUGUCCCAACUAGAAGCCGCCAUCAGUCAGGGACCUUGCACCAGAAUUUUCCUUAUGGAAGCACCCUGUACAAUAGCCCCCUACCAGGUAUCGGUCAACGAGAAGCCAAGGCAUCUGUUCCUCUUUUCUGACUUGCUGAUCGUAGCGAAACCCAAGUCUCCUGGAAGCUUCAAAUUAAAGGAGAUCAUACGGGUAUCAGAGCUGUGGCUAGCGCCAUGUCCUGACUCAGAAACCGGAUUCCUCAUUGGCUGGCCAUCCCCUGCCAAAACGUUUCUUGUCACCUUUUGCACCCAAGCAGCACGUGACACUUGGUGGCUGGAGAUCCAAAGGGUGCUGUCUGCGCAGCUGCAGCUUGAGCCUCCCACCACCAACAUCAGGGUGGUCUACAGGGAUCCCCUGAGCGGUACGGAGUGCUCCAAAACGCUCGGCGUCGGCCCUGAGACUAGCUCAGGGGAACUGGCCAGGUUGGCCUUGGACGAGACCAGGGUGGGGGAAUGGGCGUACACCCUGUACGCCAGGGACAGGGAAGGGGCGGCCUUGCAGCUGAUUGGCUGCGAACGACCUCACUCCAUACAGUUGGCCAGGUUGAGAAGAUCUUUAUGUGCUGAAGAAGGGUUCGAUCUGCAACAUUGCAAUAGUCGAACAAUACCAAGUGAUAUAGUAUUCGAGUUGAAGCCAAAUAUGAAAAUUAACCAGAAGAAAUCGCCUAUAAAAUUUUUUCGAAAAUCUGGGUCACGAUUUUUCGGGGUACCACUCACCAGACUAAUAACAAAUAAUACGUUACCACCAGUGCUCCUUGCCAUAUUAAGAGUACUGUUCCAUAGAGCCCCAUACACUCAGGGAAUAUUCAGACGAUGUGCCUCGGCUAGGGCACUCAGAGAACUGAAAGAAAAAAUCGACUGUCAAGCCUCCUCAAUCUGUGAUGAAAUUUCCAACACCCCAGCUCUCCUACUAGCUGGGUUGCUUAAAGAUUUCCUGAGAAGUUUACCAGAACCAUUGCUGACCGGAAACGUUCAGGACUGGCUGAAUGGAAUCAACACAGGCAGGAUUGAUAACUUGAAGAAGCUCAUCAUGCAAUUGCCGAUGGAGAAUCAUUUGUUGCUCGCUCACGUGGUGUGUGUGUUGCAGAAUAUUGCCAAAAAGUCGAGGUUCAAUCUCAUGUCCGCAGCGAAUCUAGGAAUUUGUGUUGGACCAAGUUUGCUAUGGGAUUCGUCGCAAAAUGCACCCCUACGAACUCUACCAGUCCUAAUAGAAACAUUAAUCAAGAAUUGUGAGGCUCUUUUCGGAUCGCAAGUAGUAUCUUUGAUGGGAGAAAUCGGAAGUGAUAGUGGAGCAGAAGAGUCUGAAAGCAUACAUUCUCUGGGUCUAUCUUUAGACUCCGUCGAACUGAGCAAAGACCAGAAGUCCCUGAGCCGCGACUCAGGCCUGACCCUCUCCGAGGACGACAGGGAGAGUCCAGGGCCGAACUACCCCUUCCACCGAUCCGAUUGGGCCAGACAGGCGGCACGUGUACGAUCGAUCUGGCCCGAGGAAGAACAGGAGUACGAAAAUGACAAUUUUUGCGCUUCCGUGGAUAGUUCAAGGUCGCCGCCCGUGCCACUCAGAGGCCCGCCCAUUUUGGGGCGGGCGCCCACUAUGGGCGGGUUCGCCCCGCCCAGAUAUAGACCGCCCCCGCCAGCGUACGCGUCUGCGCGGAUGAUGAUCGUGUGUGACGAUGAGAAUGAGAGUUAUGUUUGA